AUGAACCAGCUGUGUCGUGUGUGUGGAGAGGCGGCCGCUGGCUUCCACUUCGGCGCCUUCACGUGCGAGGGAUGCAAGUCGUUCUUCGGGCGCACAUACAACAACGUGUCUUCGCUGGGCCGCUGCAAGAAUGGCGGUCGCUGCGUCAUCACCAAGAAGAACAGGACGUCUUGCAAAGCCUGCCGCCUGCACCGCUGUCUGCUGGCCGGCAUGAGCAAGGCGGGCAGCAGGUACGGGCGAAGGAGUAACUGGUUCAAGAUUCACUGUUUGCUACAAGAGAAGGCCGCGGCUACUCUGAACGCGGCGUCCACUCUCAAGGGGUCGCCACAGGGGGUCAGCGCGCCCUCCACAGACGACAAGACCAAGGAGGAGGAUUGCGGGGGGGCCGAAUCCCCUGAAUCCUACCUCUCCGACGGAUCGAGCGAGACAAAUAGGAUCCAAUUCCCUUUAGACGAGGGGAGUAGGAUCCGAUUCCCUCUGUAUCCCAAACUUGGUGUUCUCUCCCCGUUUUUCCUCCACCCUCCUCCUCCUCCUUCUCCUACCUCCUCCACCUCCUCCUCCUCCUUCCCUCGUCUUCCUUUCUAUCCCUAUCUCUAUCCUCUUCUCUCUGCUGCGGCCGCUGCUAGUGCGGGGCCUCCUCCUCCUCCUCCUCCUUCUCUUCCUCCUCCUUCCACCUCCCCACCUCAUCUCCUCCCUUGA